CCCAGCCCUGGACCUAGCCCCGCCCCGCCCCAGCAGCACAUCACUUCGCCGCCCCAUCAUUCGAUGAUGAUACCACCGAACGCGAACGCUCCGCCGCAUCAAGGACCUCCACAUGCCGGACCACCGCCGCCCCCUGGUGGUGGCUACGGUCCUGGCUACGGCGGGCGGUACUACGGCGGCUACGGCAGCGGUUUCCCGCCGGGUUACUACUACACGGGCGAGCACUACGCGCAUCACGCGCAUCCUCACAUGCCGCACCACGCCCCCCACCCGCAGCAUCCAGCGCAUCCCCAGCAUCCUGCACCUCACCCUGCGCCCCAUCAUCUCGUCAAACCGGAGGAGUCACAAGUAAAGAAAGAGGGCGAAUGAUUGUCACCGAAGCGCGUCGUCAAACGACGUCGCAAAUCCUCGCCGAAGGAACAAGUGAUUUAGAGACACUAGUGCAGUGAACACAUUAAUACGUUUACAUUGCCGAAACAUGUAUAAAAAUAUAAUGAGAAUCGCUUAUUUUCUUUAUAAAAAAAUAAAGAAUAUGUUUUUGUACAGAUUGGCAGUGGAACCUCGGUUAAAUAAAUCUAUUCGUGUUUAAUGUAGUGUAAAUGUUGAACUUUACUAAAGGUUUUACUGUUCUGUUUCUUGUUUAUGGCUCUCCCUCAUCGGAUUUAAGGUUUUAUACGUGUAAAAGUAUUUUGAUAUUUCUGAUCAAAUUAGACGAGAUAUAAAAUUGAGGUUGUUUGUAUGAAUAAGAGUUUGCUUGGAAUUUUGGAUUACAGCCAUUAUCAGUUUAUAAGAACUUGAAUAGUAAUCAAAUAACAUUUAUAAAAUAAUUCCAUUAUUAUUUUUAUAGAAUUCUUGUAACCAUUUUUUUUAGAUUAGACGGCCAAUACGCUAUUUUUUUGUAAAAAUUGUGAGAUAAAGAGAAGAGAUAUAUUUGAAAACCUAAAUUUAAAACAUUUGAUUAAAUAUUUUGGAGUAAAAAGUUUACGAAUUUCUAAAAAUAUGCAGUUUGUCUAUAGUAAGAAAGGUUAAGAUUGGAACAAGGUUACUAUCUUUACAGUAACUAAGUUAGGUUUAAUUAGAAAUAAAAAUCAUUUUAAUUGUAAGCAUGUAUACAUAGUUAUUAACCUUAGCAUGUAAUACACAGACAUAUAAAAACGGCUAAAACACUCACAAAUGUUCGUCCGGUAGCGGCACCGACUAGUUUCGCUAAGUGAACGAAGUGCCGCGUCCGCGAAAUAAUACCAGUCCUACUCACCUUGUUGAAUUUACCCGAUGGGCUUGAAUUAGUCGGUGCCGACACGGGACACUCAUAUGUAAGUGUUUUAGCCGUGUUUGUAUAACUUUAUGAUAAUGUCUCACGAAAGUUUGAAUAAUUUAAUAAUACAUUGAUUUGGUUAUAUUAGAUUGAUAAUAUAAAUAAGUUCUUAAAAUACUAAACUAAGUUUAAUGAAUAUUUAUCUGUUGUCAUCUUGGAUGCGGUUACUGUUUCUACCAAACUGUGCGAUGAUCGGUUGACCACUCAAUAUUGUACCGUUGACUUCAUCCAAUGCUUUUAUGGCUAGAUUUUCACCUGGAAUUAGAGAAUAAAUGAUUUUAUUGUA